AUGGUCAUAUCUAAUGAGUUUAAGAAAAUGUUGAAAGUGGGAAAUGCGGUUGAAUGUAAACAGAUUGUCUUGAAUGAAAUCUUUUGGAAGAAUUGUUUGAUCACAGUGAAAGUAAUGACUUCUUUGUUAAAGCUUUUGCGGUUGUGUGAUUUGGAUGAAAAACCUGCAAUUGGUUAUGUUUACGAGGGAAUGCGUCGGGCAAGAAGAGGGAUUAAGGAAUUGUUUAAGAAGAAGAAGGAAUUAUAUAAGCCUUACACUAACAUAAUUGAUAGUCAUUGGGAUAGGAUGUUAAGAAAAAGUAUUUAUUGUGCGGAUUAUUGGUUGAAUCCCGUUUUUCAAUAUGAUCAUGCAAAUCUUUGUAAGAAGAAUGAGGUGUUUCAAGGCGUUCUUGAAAUGGUUGAGAAGACUUUUAAAGGUGAUGACGUGUUAAAUAUUACAUUGAAUUUAGGCAGGUUUCAUGAUGCUGAAAAUGGGUGGUGGAAGUUAUUUGGCGGAGAUAUUCCGGUUUUGCAAAAGUUUGCUAUUAGAAUAUUAAGUCAAACAACAUCUUCUUCCGGUUGUGAACGUAAUUGGAGUGUAUUUGAAAGGAUUCACACGAAACAGAAGAAUAGAUUGGACCAUCAAAGGCUAAAUGAUCUUCUAUUUGUUCAUUACAACUUGCGUAGACAAAAUAGAUUGAAGGUUGAUAUGAGGUCUUACGAUCCUGUUGACUAUGAAAAUAUUGAUAAGAAGGGAUUUUGGGUGGUUGAAGAAGAGCAGGAAGGAGAACUUAAUUAUGAUGAUUUGGAAACUAUGCUUGAUGAGCAAGAGCAUGAAUCGGCUUCUGAAUCACAAGGUCACCAUGUUGAUCAUGAAGUUGAUAGUGAAUUUCAGUUACUGAGUGAUCGCGAGAUCGAUGCUUAUAAUACUCCAAUAUCUCAAGAUCCAUGA